GUGUAGCCUAAUAUUAAAUAUGAAAUAUAAGAUAAGAUAAGAAGAUAUAAGAUAACAGCAUAAAAAUAUGAAAAUAACACAAUAUGUACACCUUACAACUAUUAAAUAAGGGUAAAAUUACUGACAAAAUUAUAUUCUAUAUUACAAGAUUUUGCUAUUAGACAUAGUGACCAUUUAAAGCUCAAAUGAUGUAUUUAAUGUAACAUGCUAGAGGCAGAUGUUACAUCAGUCAGUCAGUACUCUUUCCCCAGCACUUUCAAGUUAAUGUCCAGGAUACCAUAGUAGGGCACACUCUGACCUGCCUCUAUGGGUAUUUUAGAGGACUGUAGCUUUUGUUUCUGAAGGACAUGGUGGUUGUGCCAGUAUCAGUGAGUAAUACUGGUUAUCUGAGAGCCAGAGUCAAUGAGAGCUCUGCACUUUAUUCCGUUGACUUCCACCUCCCUCUCAUUCCUAGGACACACUAAAGGGGUGUCCCCUCCUCUGUCACCAGUUGUGUUCACCUGCAGUAGGUCUUGCUGCUUGCCUAUGGUUGCCCCAGUUACCAUGAGCUCUAGACGUUUAAAGGCUGAGCUGAGUGAUGUGUGGGGUCUGGGGUUGGUGAGCCCAGGCCAGAUUGGGAUCUGGGAACAUUGCUCUGCAGACCUGGGCUAUACGUCCUUACUUCCCACACUGGUAGCAUGUAACACUUGAGCUCUGGUUUGUAGUUCCAGGAGAUGGCAGGACUCUUGGUGGGGGAACAGGGGGUGGAGCAGCAAUUUUCGAUUCAGGUGAGACAACUUGGCCAUGAUUUCCUCUUAGCUAAGAGCCAAUUUCUUGACCAUCUCUGUCAACUUUGACCACUCUGAGGUAUGUUUUGUCCUUUCUGUCUUCACAUUUGUAUCACACUCUGAUGUGACUUGCACCCUGGCAUAUGUUUUCUUUGGCUUGUGUUGUGACUGGAACUUCUUAGUUUCUUUUGCUAGAUUUCUGAGCUCCGCUUGCAGCUCUCGGAAGCUCAAAAGCCUGGACUUCAUUGGUGAAAUCUUUGCAUACACCUACUCGUCAUUAAGCCCUCUUAGGAACUGCUGGAUGAGUUCCCUGACCUCUGGCUAUGGAUCUAGGGUGCCUUGUGUGUCACUGUUCUCUGCCCUCAGUUCCUCAAAUGCCCUCUCAUGGGUUUGGUCAUGGGGAGGUGGAUUCAGAAGCAGCUUCCUGGCCUCACCACCAAGGUGUCGCACAACAGUGGAAAAGUGAAGGUGCGUUGGGAGCUCUAUUGCCUCCAAAAGAUACUGCAUGUCAUGAAUCCAGUCCACUACAGGUAUCUUGCUAUCAGAAUUACCAGUGAAGACUUGGACAUUCUUCAUCUGAUGAGUCUGCAUGAAACCACCAUCGGCAGCCAAUGGAAGGACUGGGUUGGCUAUGGCUCUGACAGGAGUCUUUAUUGGUGACUCGGACAGGUGUGGGGUGGAGGAUGGAGGUAGAAGUGUAGGUUGUGGGAGUGGAUUGGGGUACAUGCUGACUUGAGGGUUGGAAACAGGUGUCAGUAGAUGUACUGGGGCAGGGGCAUGUGCGGGCACUGUGUGAUAAAAGCUGCAUAGGUCACAUUCAGAGGGGUGGGCGCAGUUGUGUUGGGGCCCCAUGCACCGGUAACAGAUGGGACCUUGGGGGCUACUUCACCACGGGCCAGGUCCUGAGAGUAGUGGGCGGCAGCUUACAACGUGUGCAACUGGGGGGUUGGUCCAUACUCUGAAGCUUGGAGGGUCUGCCCAGCAGAAGGGGGUUAUUCGUAUUGUUCAUUGUCUGUAGUGUUUGAAAACUUGGCAUGGGAACCUGGGGCACAGGAGAGGUACAUGAAUAACUGGUGUAGACCUAGGGGCUAGGCUUGACAGCCGGAGUUUGAUAAUGGGAGGUGGCUGGAUGGUUCAUGGUGGGCUACACUACAGUUUACAUUUCUGGGAGGCUUUGAAAUGACAGGGUUGCUGUGGGCCCGUGCACGCUGGCGUGGGGUGGGAGGGCAGAGGCCAUUGUUGUCUGCACAGCCGGCUGUGGCACUAGAAAGGUUGCACUUGGCAGGCUGUUAUCUGAUCUGUUUGUUCGGUGGCUUGGUCUCAUAGUUGGGCUGCUAUCAAAACAGCAAGGAUGCCUGCACUCCAGAGCCUGGUAAUGUACAUGCAUGAGCUGGAAUGAUAUGGUGAUCAGUAUAAGGUGACAGCAUUGAGGAUUGUGGGGUAAGCUGUGAGCUUAGUCCUGUGUCUGUGGGCUGACAGCAGGUUUGGUGGUCUUGAGUGUGGUGCUGCAGUUGAGGAUCAUGAGCGUAGUGAACUGGUUGGUAAGCUUCAGCCUCACUGGUUGCUGCUGGUUCACUGUGUGGAUGUCGGCCAUGGCCCCCUCACUCAAAAGGUGGAUUUGUGUCCUUUUUAGAGAGUCAUAGUUGUGGAUUGCUGCAGGCCUGGGGGAGGGUUGGAUGCCUGGUGCCACCGCAGAGGGACCCUCCUGCCUUAAUGGAGAAUAUGCAUAGUCACUCAACAUUUUGAUUUGACUUUUAAAUAUAUGGUAACUGAUGGUAAAGACUAAAGCAGCAAAAUAGAUGAUUGUGUGUCUUGAUGUUAUAUGUUUGGUUGUGAGCAUGUAGGACUGUUAUUUCUAGUAUCUAUUGUAAUGAAAUGUGUAAAACAACUAUCAACUCAAAACUAAAAUUUACAUUAAACAUUAAUUAAAUCCAGACUGUCAGUACACAGCUCUAUGCCUAACUGAGAAUAGGAAUGAAAUAAAUGAGCAAGACUUGCUUAAUAUUGGUCUCAGAGUUUUCAUAUAGAAGGGUCUCACACAGAUUAUACUCAUUUACCAUUCGAGUAGCAGUUCGGUUUAUAGGAUACCAUGAAAAGUCCUCAAAUGAAAACACAAGUUUCACAACAGUCUUCAAAGGAUAUGUUGGAGAAGAUGGCUGGCCUGCACUGGAUGACUGUAACACUGGCUGUCUUGCUGUCUGCUGGAAACAGUUUGGCUGCUGUGGACCAGAACCAACUUCGAAGAAUUGUAAAUGAGAUCCUGAACAGGUUUACACCAAGCUACGGGAAUGGAAGAAACUUCCCAAUGUUUAGUGUGGCUGUAAGCAUCCCAUACAACAGUGACACCAAAAUGUAUGAUAUUGGUAAAGUCACUGACGAUGGUGACAAAGUGAGGAAGACAAUUGUAGAUUGUGAGGUGUAUACCAGCGAGAGGAUGGUUGCAGCCACAGUUCUUAGAUGGCGCAAUGUUUUGAGGCAGUGUCCUGGAGGACGUGUGCAAUGGCCUGAUGUUCUGGAUAAGUGUCCGAGAACAGUUAAGACCUGGGCUGAUGUUGAGAAUUGGUGCUCUGGGGCAGUUAAGGACAAAAGAGCUGAUCAUGCAGAGUAUCGUACUCUACAGCGCUUUAACACCUUGGUCAACCGCAAAGAUAACAAGCAGGAUUUGCUGCUUUUCUAUGUUCUUGCUUCCCCAUGUGAUAAAAGAUGUACAAGUGAAUCAAGUCGUUUUAACAUCCUCGAAAGCAUAAAUCAGAUUCUGAAUUGGAAUAAUUAUGCUGUUGUGUUUUCUGAUGUAUUCAAACCCCGUGAUGGACUCAUACCUGAGGAUGAUCUACGUGGAUCCCUUGAGCGACUUGGGAGAUACAGGGGUCACUUAGGGUCAGUUGGUCUGAAUAAUAUAUUCCGUUGUAACAAACAACAGUGCAGGAGCUGCUCCAGCAAUAAUGAAGUUGCACGGUUUUGUUUUUCAAAUCAUCCAUAACUUGGCCCCAGCCACAACUUGCCAUCCACUUCAUUCAUACAGCCUCAACAAGACGGAAGUGGUCAGGGUGACUGAGGCAAACAGUGGCAGCCGAGGGGGCGAGGGCAGACGAGGGCAUGGCAGAGGCUAAAAAAGGGAAAAUAAUAGUAAAGAUGCAGGUGUUUCCUCCUCACAGAGCGGCCUUGUGCAACAUGAUACAUUUAAAUGGCCAUAACUCAGCUGUCAUGAGUCUGACUCUGGUUUUAAAAUGUUGCACAAUUCAUCCUUGCAGUGCCCUAAUAUACUAACAUUGAGGUAUUCUCCAAAGAUCAUGGCCAUCAGAGAGUCAGUUAAUCCUAGCCUGCCAUUUAGGUUAGCCUAUUCGCUUGACAACUAGUACAUUUACAACAAAAGUACAUCUGUAGACUGAUUAGGUUGGGAAAAACUUUGUUGGUAGUGGCUGUAAAGGAUAGGUUCACAAUUGUGUGUCCAUACAGUCAUU